AUGGUUCUGGACUGGGUACACUUUGAUGGUAUGAGCUUGCUGAGGGUGAUUUGGAUCAAAUUGGGAACAAUGGGUAAGGAUGUCAGCAAGUUACAGGAAUACUUCGAAGAUUGGGGGGAAAAAAAGGAUCCCAGUACAACUGAAUGUCAGAAGCUACUCUGGUUAUGUAACCUGUCUGUGCUGUUUCCUCAGAUCCAGAGGAUCAUUGAGAUAAGAGCUGACAACGGCGAAGCCCUCCCCGAGUCCAUCCCCUCAGCUCCUGGGACACUGCCUCAUUUCAUAGAGGAGCCAGAUGAUGCUUAUAUCAUCAAGAGCAACCCCAUCGCACUGAGGUGCAAAGCGAGACCAGCCAUGCAAAUAUUCUUCAAAUGCAAUGGCGAGUGGGUCCAUCAAAAUGAGCACGUCUCUGAGGAGAGUCUGGAUGAGAGUUCAGGCUUGAAGGUCCGGGAGGUGUUUAUCAACGUCACCAGGCAGCAGGUAGAGGACUUCCACGGGCCAGAGGACUACUGGUGCCAGUGUGUGGCAUGGAGCCACCUGGGGACCUCCAAAAGCAGGAAGGCCUCUGUGCGCAUAGCUUAUUUAAGGAAAAACUUCGAACAAGAUCCACAAGGAAGGGAGGUACCCAUUGAAGGCAUGAUAGUGCUGCAUUGCCGGCCACCCGAGGGAGUCCCUGCUGCUGAGGUGGAAUGGUUGAAAAAUGAGGAGCCCAUUGACUCCGAGCAAGAUGAAAACAUUGAUACCAGGGCUGACCACAACCUCAUCAUCCGGCAGGCGCGCCUCUCCGACUCCGGCAAUUACACCUGCAUGGCAGCCAACAUCGUGGCCAAGAGGAGGAGCCUGUCAGCCACGGUGGUGGUUUAUGUGAAUGGAGGCUGGUCUUCCUGGACAGAGUGGUCAGCCUGCAAUGUUCGCUGUGGUAGAGGAUGGCAGAAACGUUCCCGGACCUGCACCAACCCAGCUCCUCUCAAUGGUGGGGCCUUUUGUGAGGGAAUGUCAGUGCAGAAAAUAACGUGCACUUCUCUUUGUCCUGUGGAUGGGAGCUGGGAAGUAUGGAGUGAAUGGUCAGUCUGCAGCCCAGAGUGCGAGCAUUUGCGGAUCCGGGAGUGCACGGCACCACCCCCAAGAAACGGGGGCAAAUUCUGUGAAGGGCUCAGCCAGGAAUCUGAAAACUGCACAGAUGGUCUCUGCAUUCUAGAUAAAAAACCUCUUCAUGAAAUAAAACCCCAAAGAUGGAGUAGGAGAGGCAUUGAGAAUGCCAGCGACAUUGCUUUGUACUCGGGCUUGGGCGCUGCCGUGGUGGCCGUUGCAGUCCUGGUCAUUGGUGUCACCCUUUAUAGACGGAGCCAGAGUGACUAUGGCGUGGACGUCAUCGACUCUUCUGCAUUGACAGGUGGCUUCCAGACCUUCAACUUCAAAACAGUCCGUCAAGGUAACCCCCUGCUUCUGAAUUCCUCCAUGCAACCAGACCUCACGGUCAGCCGAACAUACAGCGGGCCCAUCUGCCUACAGGACCCGCUGGACAAAGAACUCAUGACAGAGUCUUCGCUCUUUAACCCUUUGUCCGACAUCAAAGUCAAAGUUCAGAGCUCAUUCAUGGUUUCCCUGGGAGUGUCUGAAAGAGCUGAGUACCAUGGCAAGAAUCAUUCCGGGACUUUUCCCCAUGGAAACAACCGUAGCUUUAGUACGAUGCACCCCAGAACUAAAACACCCUACAUCCAGAAUCUAUCAUCACUUCCCACAAGGACAGAACUGAGGACCACUGGUGUCUUUGGCCACUUGGGAGGACGCUUAGUCAUGCCAAAUACAGGGGUGAGUUUGCUCAUACCACAUGGCGCCAUCCCAGAAGAGAAUUCUUGGGAGAUUUAUAUGUCCAUCAACCAAGGUGAACCCAGCCUCCAGUCGGAUGGAUCCGAGGUGCUCCUGAGUCCUGAAGUCACCUGUGGCCCCCCAGACAUGACCGUCACCACACCCUUUGCAUUGACCAUACCACACUGUGCCGACGUCAGUUCUGAGCACUGGAACAUCCAUUUAAAGAAGAGGACGCAGCAGGGCAAGUGGGAGGAAGUGAUGUCAGUGGAGGAUGAAUCCACAUCCUGUUACUGCCUUUUGGACCCCUUUGCAUGUCAUGUGCUCCUGGACAGCUUUGGGACCUACGCCCUCACUGGAGAACCAAUCACAGACUGUGCCGUAAAGCAACUCAAGGUGGCGGUUUUUGGCUGCAUGUCCUGUAACUCUUUGGAUUACAACUUGAGAGUCUACUGUGUGGACAAUACCCCUUGGGCAUUUCAGGAAGUGGUUUCAGAUGAAAGGCAUCAAGGUGGACAGCUUCUGGAAGAACCAAAGUUGCUGCAUUUCAAAGGGAAUACCUUUAGUCUUCAGAUCUCUGUCCUUGACAUCCCCCCGUUCCUCUGGAGGAUUAAACCCUUCACUGCAUGCCAGGAGGUACCGUUCUCCCGCGUGUGGUGCAGUAACCAACAGCCCCUGCACUGUGCCUUCUCCCUGGAGCGCUACACACCCACCACCACCCAGCUGUCCUGCAAAAUCUGCAUCCGGCAGCUCAAAGGCCAUGAACAGAUCCUCCAAGUGCAAACAUCAAUCCUAGAGAGCGAAAGAGAAACCAUCACUUUCUUUGCACAAGAGGACAGCACUUUCCCUGCACAGACUGGCCCCAAAGCCUUCAAAAUUCCCUACUCCAUCAGACAGCGGAUUUGUGCUACAUUCGAUACCCCUAAUGCCAAAGGCAAGGACUGGCAGAUGUUAGCACAGAAAAACAGCAUCAACAGGAAUUUAUCUUAUUUUGCUACACAAAGUAGUCCAUCCGCUGUCAUUUUGAACCUGUGGGAAGCUCGUCAUCAGCACGAUGGUGAUCUUGACUCCCUGGCCUGUGCCCUUGAAGAGAUUGGGCGGACACACACGAAACUCUCAAACAUUACAGAAUCCCAACUCGAUGAAGCCGACUUCAACUACAGCAGGCAAAAUGGACUCUAG